ACAUAAUGAAUUGAUGGUAUAAAUAGUAUUAAAUCAGUUAUUAAUUAUGUCACAUAUCAAUUUCCGUGAUAAUUGAACCUAUAUCUAAAUCUUGACAAUGCUUUUGGAAAUUUAUCACAUUAUGAUUUUAGUAUUUUUAAAAAAGAGGAAUAUAAAGUUUUGAAAUAAGAUUAACCAACACAAGAAAUAUAAAAUAAAUAAAAUAAAUAAAGUAAAAUAUCCUUUAUAUAUGGUUUGGAUUAAAUAUAUUUUCUAUAGAUUGAACGAAUCACUUAGCAUUAUGUAUUCUUUAGCUUAGAUGAAUCUUUUAUAACAUCACAUGUAUUCUAAGUUACUCGAUUUUUUAACACAACUUUUUACUUAAGCUUUGAAUCUUCGACCAGUCUUAAAAAAUAAUUUGAGCAUUUGUUAAUGAAGUUUAACCAAUCGAUAAUGAAAAUAGAAGCACCUUCCGACCUUCUACAUGCUCAUAGACAAUUCUUUGUUAGUAGAAGAAUAACUAUGGAUUCGAAUUACAAUGAUCUGGAUUCGGGUCUAUGGGUUUGUGAUCAAUAUCAAAACUUUGUAUCCAUGAAUUGCUUCCAAGUGUUCCAAACAAACUUUUCUUUUUCUUCUUAUUCACAAUCAAGCAUCGUUUCCUUGAUAGUAUAAAUAGUCAAAGAAGAAAAGAGGAGGUUACAUAGGGAAAAAAGAAAGCGAGAAGGAGAGAUUCAAUGGCAGAGAAAGAAGAGGAUGUGUUGCUUAUAGGGUCUUGGGCAAGCCCUUUUAGUCGCCGGGUUGAGAUGGCUCUCAAACUCAAAGGUGUUCCUUACGAUUAUUCAGACGAAGAUUACUUGGUCACCAAGAGCCCUUUGCUUCUCCAGCUAAAUCCUAUUUACAAGAAGGUUCCAGUUUUUGUCCACAAAGGUAAAGUAUUACUCGAGUCACAUCUAAUCCUUGAAUACAUCGACCAAACAUGGACAAGGAAUCCAAUUCUACCUCAAGAUCCAUACGGCAAAGCAGUGGCUCGAUUCUGGGCCAAAUUCGUUGAUGAACAGGUCACAUUAAUAGGCUUUAGGUCUCUAGUAAAAUCAGAGGAAAUUGAUGUUGCGAUCAAAGAGGCUCAGGAACUUAUAACAUAUCUUGAGAAGGAAAUCACCGGGAAAAUGUUCUUCGGCGGGGAGACAAUAGGAUUCUUGGACAUGGUCGUGGGAAGUAUGAUCCCGUUUUGUCUGGUUCGGGGUUGGGAAGGUAUGGGAAUUGAUAUGAUUCCAAACGAGCAGUUUCCAGAACUAAACAGAUGGAUAGAAAAAAUUAAAGAAAUUGAGAUCGUGAGGGAAUGUAUUCCUAAUAGGGAGAAAAAUAUUGAGCACAUGAUGAAAAUUGUAGGGCGUAUAAAAGCUGCUUCGAAUACGGCAUGACGCUACGCUUUGAUCCGGAGUUAUUUUUACUGUAUUUUGUAUUUGUUUUGUUGUUUUAAAGUUGUAUGGUUGGUUUGAAAGAUAAAGACGAGUGCUAAAAUGCAUCCCCACUGUGGUCGUAGAAACGAUUUGUAUUAAUGUCUCGAUGUUGUUUACAGAGCUUUAUUGAUUUGGUAACUGUUUGGACUAA